UGUUCAAGUGACAGCUGUUUAAAAAAAAUAACAAAUUCAUAAACAAAAAAAAAAGAGCCUUCAUUCCUUAAAUAUUUUUAUAAUAUAUUUGCAAUAAAUAAUGGAACCUCAGGAUAUUUAUUACAACAAAGCAGAAUACGUAGAGACGGCAUCGGGUAACAAAGUAAGCAGACAAACAGUUUUAUGUGGAUCACAAAAUAUUGUUUUACAUGGAAAAGUUAUUGUUCAAUCAGAUGCAAUAAUAAGAGGUGAUUUAGCUAAUGUCAGAACUGGUCGUUAUUGUAUUAUCAGUAAGAAUGUUGUCAUUCGACCACCAUUCAAAAAAUUUAGUAAAGGCGUUGCUUUUUUUCCUUUACAAAUGGGUGAUCAUGUUUUUGUUGGUGAAAGAGCUGUUGUUAAUGCAGCAGUUGUUGGUUCAUAUGUAUACAUUGGAAAAAAUGCAAUAAUUGGCAGAAGAUGUAUUUUAAAAGAUUGUUGCUACAUUGAAGAUGGUGCAGUUGUACCACCUGAAACAAUUGUUCCAUCAUUCACUAGAUUUUCUGGUAAUCCAGCAAGUCCAACUGAAGAUUUACCAGAGUGUACACUUGAUCUUAUGGUUGAUUUUACAAAAAAUUACUAUCAACAUUUUAUACCAGCAACAAAUGUUUCAGCUAGUCGAAAUUUACAAAUUGCAAAUGACAAUUUAUUCUAAAUAAUCUACGUCAAGUUGUGAUAUAUUUUCUUCAUCUAUUUCAAUAUUAUUCAUGUCAUUUUCUUCAACAUUAAUUUCACUUUUAUCAAACCUAAAUAAUGUUUAUAACAUUCAAUUCAUUCUUUAUCAUCAAGUAAAUUGUAAAUUGAUUUUAUUAAUAUAUUUUACCAUUUUUUCCAAAUAAUUUCAAUGAUAAAAAUUAUAAAUGUCAAUGCAGCUCCAUAAAAAAGAGUUGAAAUUGCUGCAUAACACUCGGUUAUUCCAACACUAACAAAACUUGUUCCUCCUACGCAUGUUGGUUUUUCAGUAUAAAGUCUUCGUAUAUCACGUUUUUGAAGACCAGUUUCAUGUAUCCACAUUGCUCUAAUAAAUCAUAUAUUUAUUACAGCUAUUAUUAAUCAUAAAUUUAUCAUUUUCUUGUUAAUCAAUUGACAAGUUGAUAUGAAAUAUAUAAAAUUGUUAUUUUUAAAUACAAACCCAACUCUUAUUAAUUCACGAUAUGGAGAUUGACGUUUUAUAACUAAUAAUGGAUUUAAUAAAUUAAAUAUAUCAAUUUCAUUAAUUCCACAUUUUUCAUCUUCUUCAAAUGUUUCUUGUAUCAAUUGAUAACCGGCACCAACUUCAACGUGAAAUGCAAAUAAACCCUGUCGUAAUUUUUGUAUACCUUCAGUCAAGGACAUCCAUACAUGCUCAUUACCUUUUACCAUUUUUUCAUAAAAUUCUUUUCUAACUGGUUCUUCAAUUGUCUUUAAAAAAAUACUCAUAAUACAUUAUUGUUUAUUAAAUUAAUUUGAUAAAUAUAUUAUAUCAACUAACCGAUAAAAUAUAACGACUGUAGACAAUGUCAUAAAUACCAAUUUUCAAUGGACUAUUCAUAAGAUCAGUCAGAGUUUUUAUUGAAUCAGUUGUUGAUUGUAAAAGUGCAACAAUAUUUGCUGUAUAAGCAGCAUACAAACUGAGUGUCGCCAAUAAUACCAUAAAUAUUAUAAUUCGUGUUGAUAUAAUUGUUGCUUCAUAAGAAAAACCUUAAAUAUAUUUAUCAAUUUUUAUUAUUUAAUUUGUUUUUGUAUAAAAUAAAAUUAUAUUUACCUUGUUGUGAAACAGCUCCAAGAAUAACCAAAAAAUUAUCACUUAUUGUUGGUUUAAUUGUUUUAUAAUAACUCAUUGGGUUAUUAUUUUUAAUUGAUAAAUUAAAUUCCCAUUUCAUUGUUAUAAAUAAUAAACAACAAACGAGAAAUAAAAAAAUAACAAUAGCCAGCCAAACAGAACGACUGAAUGGAAGUGUAAAUAAAUUGCUGACAUAAGACAAUGGUGGUCGUCGAAAUAAAAAUUUCGAUCUUGAUAUUAAAUCAAAUUAAUUACUAUUUCGAAUUUAUGAUAAAUUGAUAUUAAUUUGAUACUUACCCUGUUGGUGUAUAUAAUUGUACAUAGUCAACAACACCAAUACGUUCAGGUAUAAGAAAUGUUCCAGUACCACCAAUAUCAAUUUCUCCACUAUCAAGUAAUCCAAUCAUUCCAUUCCAUGAUCCAUUUUUAUCUUUAUAACCCCAAGUAUCACGUACAGUAAAAUUAA